AUGGAGUUCAGCGACAGGCUGUACGACGAGGGGAUCGCAAUCCUCUACGGUAGCAACACCUUCCACAUCCGCACCACCAGCAUGCGCAUGCUCGGAAGUCUCGUACCGCAAACCUCCGCGACUAUCCUCUCACAUAUCACCUCUGUGGAGUGCGUCAUGGAUUAUCUGUUCAUAGGCUACAAGGACUACUUAGCCUUGAAACCGGAGGAAAGGUCUGACGAACACAUGUUGGGUCGUACGGCGUCCUGUGUCCCCCGCCUCAUGCCGAGCCUGCAGAAGUUGUACGUCGGAUUUUGGCCCCGCACGUGUCUUCUGGAUGGCUGUCAACACGGAGACCUCCUCGAGUACAAGUGCACAGAGCACCUUGCGAGUCUGUGGGAGGCCGUGGCCUCCGAGCUCGGGCAGACGGGACGGUCCUGCGACCUCGGGCUGGCGCUCCCCUCGACGCCGUUCGAGCAUUAUCAGCAUGACGCCAUCAUGCAAGGCCGCAAGAUGGGGCUUCCGGACUGGAGCCCGGAAAUGCCAGCCAAGUUCUCCUACCACCCGAGACUCCGUCUUUUUCAGCCUGCUCGUAGCCGGGGGACCAGAGUCAGAGUCGGGAACUGA